GCGGACCACAUCAUUGUAUUGCACACCUCUAAAAAAACAGUGCUCUGAUUCAUAAAUAUAAAAAGAUCCUCUGAGGAGGGCACUUUUGUGAUGGCAACUUCACUUCUAGGGGAGGAGCCGAGAUUGGGGUCGACUCCUUUAGCCAUGUUGGCUGCGACGUGUAACAAAAUCGGGAGCCCAAGUCCCUCGCCGUCCUCUAUUUCGGAUAACUCGUCUUCGUUCGGAAAAGGAUUCCACCCGUGGAAACGAGCGACAGCCAGCAGCUGUAGUUUAGGAUCCAGUUUAUCCUCUUUCACUCGGAAUGGCGGUGGUUUAAGCGACUCCUUUGGCACGAACACUUCCACGGGAUCCAGUGCCUUUUCCUUAACUUCUGGUACUUCAUCCAACUCCCACUUCGGAAACGACUACUCCGUUUUCCAGGCGUCUGUUUCCAACAAUUCCCAAGAGCCCAGCCAUCAGCCCAUGUUUAUUUCCAAGGUGCACACGUCCGUGGACAGUUUGCAAAGUAUCUACCCGAGAAUGAGCGUGGCGCAUCCCUACGAGUCGUGGUUCAAGUCCUCGCACCCUGGCAUACCCACCGGAGACGUGGGCACCACGGGUGCAUCUGCAUGGUGGGACGUGGGAGCUGGUUGGAUUGACGUGCAGAACCCGAACGGAGCCGCGCUACAGACGUCCCUUCACUCUGGAGGGCUGCAGACUUCUUUACACUCUCCUCUGGGGGGAUACAACUCAGACUACUCGACUUUAAGUCACUCUGCCUUUAGUACCAGUGCGUCUCCGCACCUGCUGACCACCGGUCAGCAUCUCAUGGACGGAUUCAAACCCGUGCUGUCCUCUUACCCGGACUCGAGUCCCUCUCCUCUGGGUGGAGGAGGUGGUUCCAUGCUGACAGGGGGUCCGACGGCCUCGUUGGCGGGAUCCCCGCGUUCUUCAGCGCGACGCUACUCGGGCAGAGCGACUUGUGACUGUCCGAACUGUCAGGAGGCGGAACGGCUCGGUCCAGCUGGGGCAAGCCUCCGCAGAAAGGGGCUUCACAGCUGUCACAUUCCCGGCUGCGGUAAAGUGUACGGUAAAACUUCACAUCUCAAGGCUCAUUUGAGGUGGCACACUGGAGAAAGGCCGUUUGUGUGUAACUGGUUGUUCUGUGGAAAAAGGUUCACUCGCUCCGACGAGCUCCAGCGACAUUUACGCACGCACACCGGCGAGAAGCGCUUCGCUUGUCCCGUGUGUAAUAAGAGGUUCAUGAGGAGCGAUCACCUCAGUAAACAUGUCAAAACGCACAGUGCCGGAGGGUCUUCGGGGUCUGGGGCGAGUGGAGGGAAACGUGGGAGUGAUACCGACAGCGAACACAGCGUGCCCGGUAGUCCCUCUUGCCACUCACCUGACCUGUUGCAACCUCCCGAGUCUGCCAACAGCGGCCAUGAACGGCCGUGCAAACUCCCUCGAUUAAUUCCGUUCAAAAUGCACCUGCACGAAUCUCGAAUGAGGAAGACUUGAAUUGACUAGAAAUCUAUUUGUCGGUGCGCAAAAGGGUUAUGGUUAGUCGUUUGGUAACACUU